CUUCCCUAAGGGUGAUGACCUUUUGCGAGUCAUACGAGGUUAUGAAGAGACAUGGAGCUUUCCCAUGUGUGCGGGCGCACUAGAUGGAACUCACAUACCGAUACUGGCACCUAACAAAAAUCACACAGAUUAUGUCAACCGUAAGGGGUUUUAUAGCGUCCUUGUGAAGGCUGUGGUAGAUUGUAAUUAUAUAUUCAGGGACGUAGUUAUCGGUUGGCCAGGAAGCGUACAUGAUGCGCGGGUUUUCUCCGACUCAGCCACUUUUGCAAAAGGAAGGGAUAACUGUCUUUUCCCAGAUGAUCUCAAUAGGGAACCCAGCCUAUCCGCUGUUUUCAUGGUGUUAAAGGGCUACCCUAGGAACGAG